AGCCGCUUCACUUCCGGGUGCGACGUCUACCUACCCGGGACUUCCUGGGACAAGCUUCCCCACCCCCGCGCCACACCUCUCCGUCAUGCUGCGCAGGCGCCGUUGAGCAGACAGCUUGACGGGUGUGAGUGCGCAAGCGUGUUUGAUCCAUCAUCCAGGCCUUCGGGCUGUUUCCGACGGGUGUUCGCAGGGGGUCCAGCCGUCAGAGACUACAGACCUGGGCUCUGCUGGCGCCAUGGGCAGCGGCUGCCGUAUCGAAUGCAUAUUCUUCAGCGAGUUCCACCCCACGCUGGGACCCAAGAUCACCUAUCAGGUCCCUGAAGACUUCAUCUCGCGGGAGCUGUUUGACACAGUCCAAGUGUACAUCAUCACCAAGCCAGAGCUGCAGAACAAGCUUAUCACUGUCACAGCCAUGGAGAAGAAACUGAUCGGCUGUCCUGUCUGCAUCGAGCACAAGAAGUACAGCCGCAAUGCCCUGCUCUUCAACCUAGGCUUCGUGUGUGAUGCUCAGGCUAAGACCUGUGCCCUUGAGCCCAUCGUCAAAAAGCUGGCUGGCUACCUGACCACACUGGAGCUAGAGAGCAGCUUCGUGUCAACAGAGGAGAGCAAGCAGAAGUUGGUGCCCAUCAUGACCAUCUUGCUGGAGGAGCUAAAUGCCUCAGGCCGGUGUACUCUGCCCAUCGAUGAGUCCAACACCAUCCACUUGAAGGUGAUUGAGCAGCGGCCUGACCCUCCUGUGGCCCAGGAGUAUGACGUGCCUGUCUUUACCAAAGACAAGGAGGAUUUCUUCAACUCACAGUGGGACCUCACCACACAACAGAUCCUGCCCUACAUUGACGGCUUCCGCCAUGUCCAGAAGAUCUCAGCAGAGGCAGAUGUGGAGUUAAACCUGGUGCGCAUUGCCAUCCAGAACUUGCUGUAUUAUGGUGUUGUGACACUGGUGUCCAUCCUCCAGUAUUCCAAUGUGUACUGCCCGACACCCAAGGUCCAGGACCUGGUAGAUGACAAGUCCCUGCAGGAAGCAUGUUUAUCCUAUGUGACCAAGCAAGGGCACAAGAGGGCCAGUCUCCGGGAUGUGUUCCAGCUGUACUGCAGCCUGAGCCCUGGCACUACUGUGAGAGACCUCAUUGGCCGCCACCCCCAGCAGCUGCAACGCGUUGAUGAACGGAAGCUUAUCCAGUUUGGGCUUAUGAAGAACCUCAUCCGACGACUACAGAAGUAUCCUGUGCGGGUGUCUCGGGAGGAGCGGAGCCAUCCUGCCCGACUUUACACAGGCUGCCACAGCUACGAUGAAAUCUGUUGCAAAACAGGCAUGAGCUACCAUGAGCUUGAUGAACGGCUGGAAAAUGACCCCAACAUCAUCAUCUGCUGGAAGUGAGACUGGGGUGGCCUGGUCUAGGCACAUGGCUGUGGCUACUCUGUCUUGCUAAGCCUUGCCUGGUACAUGAGGGCUAGACCAGUAGACUAGUCCAUAUUGUCUCAAGGUUGACCCUCACUUCUGUGAAUAAAAUCACCCAUUUCAACCUGUCUUUAUUGAGUACCGCCUCUAAACCAGCCAUUGGAGGACUGCAGUGAAAUAGCCGAGGUCCUGGCACCCUGGUGCGCCAUCUGGUGGGCAAGACUGGCUAUGGACAGUAAAUGUGCAGGGUAAUUAUAAACUGAAAUAACAGCCAGAAAGAAACAAUCAGGAAGCUGUGAUGAAGAAUGACUUGGGGUGGGAGCUGGGGCUGUCCUGGAUUAAAUGGGCAAGGAAGGCCUCGCUGAGGUGACUUGAACUGAGGCCUGAAGGAGGAAGAGUAUUCCAGGCAGAGGGAACAGGUGCAAAGUAAAAGCAACUUUAGGAUGUAUGAGGAACCUGGGGCAUCUGGGUGGCUCAGGUGGUGGCGGCUCAGCCGGUUAAGCUUUCGACUUCAGGUCAUGAUCUCACGGUUGGUGGGUUGGAGCCCUGCAUCACGCUUUCUGCUGUCAGCAGGAGCUGCUUCAGAUCCUCUGUAUCCCUCUCUCUCUGCUUCUCCCCCGCCUCAAAAAUAAAUAAACAUUAAAAAAAAAAAA